CACCUUAAUUUACGCAUUGUGGAUUAUUUUUGCAAUACACAGGGAAAUACCUUGGAAAAUGAGCAAUAGAUCUGUGGAAGGCUUUUACUUCGUUGCGGCCUUUUUUUACUUUCUCUUAUCAGCAAGAUCAAGCCAGAUACGGAUACCACUUCCGGGAUACAAAGAGACAAUUAAGGUUUUCAUGACUCAGAGGUGUCCCAAAACUGAGAGUGAGUGGAGGGCUGUCUCUAACCAAAUGAACUGUUCAAUUGAUAAUGACCCACCAGUCAACCAGUACCACUGCCUGCCCACACCAAAGAGAAACAUGCUUGUGGAGUUCUGCUAUAAUGAAUAUAGUAAAAUGACAGAACAUGGUAAUUGCUUGGAACUAGGAGGAAGGGGAUAUCUGAAUUACGUUAACUGCAAAGGAUUUAUAAAAGGAUGCCCAAAUAAAGACUACAAAAGUGAAGAAAUAUUCAAAUAUCCAGCCUGUCUCCAGAUAGAUGUUGAAAGAGGUUGUUUCUUGGCAGAGGAAGAUUGCAAACUUACGUCAAGCUCAACUACAGAGCCAACAACGAGAAGUGGUGACACCUUUCCAUCGGAGUACAUAGUCAUCCUAGUGCCAGCUGCAACAUUAUGUUUCAUUUUUGCAUUAAUCCUGUAUUUAAAAAAAAGACGGCAUCAAAGUUUACCUACACCGGAAUCAGAAAGCCGUGAAGAAACACAUUCAACUGAUACUUCUAAUUCUUGCAAAAGCGAGCAACAUUUUAAAACAAGUACAGAAAAAUUGAAUGAUCGUAAGAAGUAUCCUGAGGAUCAUAGAAAGUUACUUACAAUGGAUAACAUGGAAAAAAAAAUCCUAUCCAUCAAAGUGACCAACAGUGUUUCCAAAUUUGGUGAGAAAACAACGAUCACUGGAAAAGUGAAUAGUAAUUUCCAAAUCCAAGGCCUUGAGUGGCAGACAGUCUCAAAACGGAGCAAAAAGUUUGAAAGGAUAUCAAUUGAUAACUCCAAGUACAUCGGAAGCAUUAUCGACCCUUCAAAACCUUGCCUAGUAAUUAACGAUACGAAACUCGAUGAUGCUAUAAAAUACAGACUUGUGGGUUAUCUAGCUGAUGAGCGUAUUACCAGCAAUGACGUUGAAGUUUCUGUUCUUGGAGACAUACCACAUCCCAAAUUGAAAAGGAAGUAUGAAGGCUAUGAAGACAAUGAAGUAACAAUAUACGGUGAUUUAAAUUCAUUUCCAUCGCCUUCAAGUGUAAAAUGGCUGUUUUGCAAAGAAGAAUUUGGAGAAUAUACAGAAAUAGAAAUUAAAGAAAAGGGAUUUCAGGAAUUUAUUGAUGACAAGCAUGCUGGAUUAGUUAAAAAUUUAGCCAGGUCUUCUGAUGGUGGUUUUUAUAAAAUGGUUGUUAGCAACGAACUCGGAGAAGGUAUAAGUAAGCCUGCUUUCCUAAGUAUAAAAGAAGAUAUUGAAAGGACAUCAGAAUCACUGAGUUUCCCUUCAGUUUUACCUACACAAAGAAAUCACACGAAUACGCAAGGUACUUAA